CGAAACAUUCCUUCCGUUCUAAAAGCAUGGCGACGUUUGGUUGCGCUAUUGCGUCGGCUGGUAAAUAUGCUUGCCGGAGUCUGUUAUUAAGUGCGAGUAGAUCUACUCUACCGACGAAAUUUAUAGGUCGAUAUGCUUCCCAGGUGGGAUUCAUUGGACUUGGGAACAUGGGAACUCAUAUGGCAAGAAAUCUGUUGAGUAAAGGUCAUUGUAUAGUUGUUUAUGAUGUCUAUCCAGAAGCCAUGACUCAGCUUGUUGAUAGUGGUGCACUGAUUGCUCAGCAUCCAGCUGAUAUGGCCGAAAGAUGUGACCGAAUCAUAACUAUGCUUCCUUCUAGUCCUCAUGUGCAAGAAGUCUAUGCUGGUGAAAAUGGCAUAUUCCAGCAAGUUAAGCCUGGUACCCUGUUGAUUGAUAGUAGCACUAUUGAUCCAUCUGUGACCAAAGAUUUAGCAAUAAUGGCUGAAAAGAGAGGUGCUGUGUUCCUUGAUGCUCCAGUUUCUGGUGGUGUGCUUUCUGCAAAGCAAGGAGCUUUGACUUUUAUGGUUGGUGGAAAAGAAUCUGAAUAUGAAGCUAUUAAGGAGCUGCUGUAUUGUAUGGGUGAAAAUGUUGUUCAUUGUGGAGAUGUAGGAACUGGACAAGCUGCUAAAAUAUGCAAUAAUAUGGCACUUGCGAUAUCAAUGAUUGGAACAUCAGAAGCAAUGAAUCUUGGAAUCAGACUUGGAUUGGAUCCUAAAAUGAUGAGCAAGAUUUUGAAUAUGAGUUCUGGAAGGUGUUGGGCUAGUGAAGUGUACAAUCCAGUUCCUGGUGUUAUGGAGAAGGUACCAUCUUCUAAUGAUUACCAAGGAGGAUUUGGCACUGCUCUAAUGGCUAAAGAUCUGGGGUUAGCUCAAUUGGCUGCAACAAAAACAUCAUCUCCAACUCCAUUAGGUUCAUUAGCUCAUCAAAUUUAUCGAAUGAUGGUAAAUAGUGGAUUUCCACAUAAGGAUUUUUCUUCUGUUUUCCUGUAUUUGCAAGAAGGACAUACAUUUAAUGGAAGAAAAUAAG